AUGUGAGGGGCCUUCAUCGUGAGCUGCUGGCUGUAAGAGCUCUCAGCCAGCAGCAAUGUGAAGACAUGGCUGAACAGCUCCGCUGGGCACAAGAGCAGUGCUGCAAGGCUCUGAGACUCUGGCAAUCUGCCCAGGAAGAGGAAAAAAGGAAUCUCAUGAGAGAACUGGAGAGACAACUGGAAGAGCAGCAUGUGGAGGCACGGAAGCAGCUGGAGGAAUGGGCAAACUUCCUGGCGGAGAUGCUGCAGGAAGAGCAGCGUCAGAAGAUUGCUGUCAUCCACAAGGUGUACCAGCUGCAGAGAGAGCUGAAGCAAAGUGAGCAGCUGAGGCAGAGGCUGAAUGAGCAGUGGCAGAACGGGCAGGUCAUGCUGCAGGCUGAGCUGCAGGAAGCUGAGAGGAAGAUGAUGGCAAUGGAGAAGAGGCACCAAGAGGAAAUGGAAAGGAUGCACAAGGUCCUGCUGCAGUGCAGGCUGGCUGAAGAAAAGCAGGUGGACGCAGGAUCUGCCAUCGAAGCUGCUGGUGCAGCAGCAUCCUGCCAAGAAGCCUCCUCUCCACAGCCUGAAAACCAGAGCAUGAGCAGCUCGGCCCACUCAAGCCAGGAGAGAGAGAAGCAGUUCCUGAAGCUGCUGAGGUGUGUGGUGAGUGUGGAAGAUCCAGAAAAAAAGUACACUGGAUGGGAACAUCUUGGCAGUGGGGGCUUUGGAGCUGUUUAUAAGGCCUUCGACACUGCCACAGGACAAGCGGUGGCUGUAAAGGAACUUUAUCUCCAGCACCAGGGCUGUGAGGGAAUAUUAAAAGAAAUCCUGCUCAUGAGAGAAAAUAAGAACGCCAAUAUUGUCAGCUACUUAGAAAGCUACCUUGUGGAUGAGGCUGUCCUGCUGGUGUUGGAAUAUAUGGAUGGAGGCUCCUUAGCUGAUGUGGUCACUGUGAGAAGGAUGGCUGUAGGACACAUAGCAACAGUGUGUCGGGAGUGCCUGCAAGGCCUGGCUUUCCUUCAUGCCAAGCAGGUGAUCCACAGAGACAUCAAAAGCGACAACAUCCUUCUGGGCCGGGAUGGCUCCGUCAAGCUGGCUGAUUUUGGCCUCUGUGCUGUGCUCAGCCCUGAGCACAGGAAAUGGAGGUUGAUGGUCGGGACCACUUACUGGAUGGCACCCGAGGUGGUGAGAAGAGAGCCUUACGGCCCCAAAGUGGACACCUGGUCCCUUGGCAUUGUGGGGAUAGAAAUGGCCACAGGAGAGGCUCCUUAUAUGCAGGAGACCAGUGUCAAGGCCAGCUACCUGAUAGGCAAGCAAGGGGUUCCAAAUCUGCAGCAGCUCAGGCUACCCCCUGGCUUGUGUGAAUUUCUGGGCUGCUGCCUGCAGAUGGAUGUGGACAGGCGAGGCUCUGCCAAGGAACUUCUGCAGCAUCCAUUUCUGCAAUCAGCGGAGCCUCUCUUAAGCCUCUUCUGACAGCCUGAUUGCUGCUAUCCCUGCAGCAAGGGAAUGCAAGAAGCAAAGGAGAUGACAAGGUGUGAGAGUCUGUCCGAAACUUCCCUCAUUUUUUGCCUCUCGAUCGUCAUGAAAGCCAAGACCACCGGGGAAAGGGAAAGAUCCUGUUCUGAAAAUCCAGGUCUGUCUGGUCCACCAAGCCAGAUUAUUGCCUACGGGUGUGUUUGCUCAACUCAUGGAACACUGCACCCAAGAAGGGGCAGUGUGCUCUCCUUCGCCUGCAUCACCUAGCAACGCUAGUGCUGGAAUUUCUCCACCCUUCUGACUUGGCUGGACUUUCUCUCUGGAAUGACCUUUCUGGAGGUCACCACAAAAGGACCCUCCAUUCACCGUACAUCAACCACCGUGACAGAUGGACUGAGAUGGGAGAAGGUUCUCCCCUCAAGGACUGAGACGUGCGACCCCUACAUGGAAAAGCUCGUCUCUUUUCCCAAAAGGACUGAGACUGAAAUCCCCACCGUGGGGUGAGGGAAGGUAUGCGUGGGGACCGGAGCAAGUUUUGCAAGCGACCACUGGACCGAGAAGACAAUGGUUCCUGCCUACGACAUCUGCUGCUGACGACGCCUGUUCCUGAUGGACUACUGAUGGACUCCUUGUACCCUUUAUCAAUAGACUAUUUUGAAAUGGGUCCCCUUCCCCCAUUUCAAAAGGACUAUAAAAAAGGUUAGACCUGACUGAUACCUUUGAGAUCUCCCCUGACGUGAAGACGACAGGCCUCUUCGUCGACCGGACUUCGAGGGUCUUUGUCAUCUGCACGUCUGGUAGCUAUAUACCUCCUUGCCCUCCCUCUCUUCUUUUUCUUUUCCUUACUCUUUUCCCUUUCUUCAUUCCCCUUCUCUCUAACACAUCUUUGCUAUGGCUAUUUAAUAAAAGUACAUGUAUUUUGAUUUUACUGCAAAUCCCCUUGUCAUGUCAGUUUUUGCACCCUGAGAUCAGUGAAAAAGAACCUACACGAAUCAUGUCCUUAGGACGGAUCGUGUCAUAAAUUGGAUCUUGGGUCACGGAUCUUGGGUUCUGGGGACGGAGGUGUCUGCAGGUUACGUGUAGUUUGUAACAGGGGAAGGACGUUUCACAGCAGCCGCACCUAAACCGUCAAGUUUCCCGAAAGGGGUUGAACGGAUUUAGAAAGCAAGGGCUGUGAUUCGAAUUUCCCGCAUACUGCACAAACCAAGGCGGAAAAAGCAUCCUCCAAACUCUUUUUGAGGGUUCUGUCUCCAGAAUAUCACAAAAGAUCUCUUGGUGCAAAAGGGGGAAAAAAAAACAAAAAAACAACUGUUUCUGUUGUAAGAGUGUGUUUAACUGUCUGGAAAGGAAGAGACACCUCGAAGAAACUAAGCAGGGCCUCCCAGAUUGAUACUGCCUCUUCAACUGUGUGUGAGUGUUUAACUGUCUGGGAAGGAAGAGACACCUUGAAGAAACUAAGCAGGGCCUCCCAGAUUGACUCUGUCUCUUCAGCCACCCAGGGAAAAAGUUGAGUGAAGGGAAAACACAGUGUGUGAUUGUGUAACCGAAAACACCUCCCUGUUGUGGUCCCUAGUCCCUUCACAAGAUGAAUGAAGAUUUUGGUGCCAAGGCAAAAACUGAUUUUUACACACUACUUGCUAAACACAAUGCAAAACCUUCACCAGGCAGAGAGGCCUGGGCAAAGAACAAUUGGUUUAAUUUAGAAAAUGUUGUUGGUAGAAUAUGUUCUCUGCAGCAUGAAACAAAAUUUAAACUUGGUAAAGAUAAAACCAUCCUCUGCUCAGUUUUGGGAGCCUGCCUCACAGCAGCCAUAGAAACUCGCUUUAAGCGAAGAAGUGAGGAAAAUGCUAUAAUAGACUCCCUUCAAAACUUAGUUGGAGUUUUGCAAAAACAAUUAGAUGAAGAAAGAAAUGAAAAUAAUUUAUUACGGGCUGCCUUGAGAGAGGUACAUGUUAAAAAUUCACAGAACUUUGAUUCCUCAAAAGAAACAGAGGAGAAGGAAACUUCUCACCUUAAUCAAAAUUACCUCCAAAAAGAAUUAGUUCUGAUGAAAAAUUUUGGGGAACCCUGUUGUUGCAAUAGCAUGAAACCUCAAAUUAAAACAGAAUGCAACUAUAUUAGUGAUGAGGACUUUGACCCACAUAUAAUCACUAAAGAAACCCUAUACACUGCUACUGAAUUAACAAAACUUGCAAAGCAGUAUGGGCUUCUUUCCUACAAAACUGAAACAAAAUCUCUCACUGGGAAAGUUCAAACACAUUUGUCAGAACAAGAAGCCGGUGGGUACUGGGGACAUGGAGUGUUCUUACCAACGGGAGACAGACGCAUCCCAUGGUCCCUAAUUCAGCAUAUAGCUUAUUGGACAGAGGGGCUUAACCCCUCGGAAAGGGGAAACCUUUUAACCAUAGCUGGUACCCCUGACCAACUCCUGGAAAACAUUCACAAAGCUGCCUGCUUGCAAAUAAUGCAUGAAAGAAAACCAACUACAAGCUAUGAGUCACCAAUGCAAUCACCUGUAAAGUCUAAAAUUAUGACCUCUUUAAUGCAAAGGUUUUCAGAAACACUUAAACCUAUAGCAAUUUUCGCUCAAAAACCCAUAGCAGCUAUGUCCCCUAUAGAAACACCAGAUAAACUUCUUAGUAACCAGAAUAACCCAUUUGUUCCCUCUUAUGACUUGCCGAGAAAAGGGAUAAAAUGGGAUUGGAGUCUUUCUCAGGAGAAAGCACUGCAAUUGCUGAUUUUUGAAGCAACAGCUCACCAAGCACUGGACCCUAUCCAUCCUACAGAUCCCUUUCAGGUAGAGUGGGGAUUUGCCUCCUCAGGGUUAUCAGUACACAUUGGGCAGCGGGGUCCCGAGGGUCCAACAAGGCCUGUUGGUUUUUAUUCCCAUAGUUUCAAAGAUGCUGAGAGAAGAUACUCUACCUGGGAAAGAGGUUUGUCUGUGGUUAUCUUAAUUCUCCUAGAAGCAGAAAAAAACUUAGCAAUACAAGAAACUGAGAGCUUGGGUAGCAGCCAAAACAAGCUUGCCUCUGUGAUUAAAGCAACCCCUCCUUUCUUCCCCGCUUCUGCUAACAGAGAGGGAGAAGGCAGUGCUCAGGUAGAGGAACUGUUAACCAUUUGUAGUAUUUUCCAGUGUAAGGGACAGAAUUAUUUUCUUGUCUGUAUUAACAUCAAGUCCUAUGCCACACUUGUAUUUGUGUUGUUUCAGGCCGAUGCUUUUAAAAGAGCUACAGGAAAUAAUACUGUUAAAGCAAUACAGGGAUGGUUUGGAAUUUGAAAAGUGCGCAGGAUUGGGCAAAAGGUGAAGGGAUUGAAUGGACUUCUCACACCCCUUACAAUAGAUGGGGGGCAAAUGGGUGUCCUAAAAUCACUGCUUUUUGCCUGACAGCUCCAAGCAUAACUCCUUCACUACACGGACCAGAUGAUUUCAAGAACCCAGCACAUUACCCUGGACAACCUGUUUUUGGUGGACCACCCCCUAUUGUAGGGGAAGUACCACUGGUGUUAAAAACCUCUCUGACAAUCCCAUUGUUCUAACUCUUUCUGCCUCUUCGUGGCAGAUUCUGUUGUGCUUAUUUUUUACAGAAGAACUCCGUGGGACAUGAAGACCUGAGAAACCAUGAUAACACUAGCAUUGUACAACAAAUAUAAUGUUUUCCUUUCCCUUUAUGGUAACACAAAGUGAUAAUAUUACACUUAACAUGUAAAUUAAGUAAACUUGAACAAAUUGGCCGCUAUGAGUGAAAAUCUGACCAAAUUACAGCAACCACUGCAAUCAUCCUUAACACAUCAGUGGCUGCUAUCAAACAUACUACCAAAUUGGGAAAAGGUAAAUGUAAACGACCACAAAUUGGUGAUUGAUGCACUCAAUGCCACACAAAAUAAUGUUUCUUUGGCUCUCAGCUGUAUUCAGGCUCAAUUGUGAAUGCAGUCAGUUGCUGCCUCAAUUAAAAAGGAAGGUGAAGAAGGCACUUUUCCCACUGAAAUUUGAAAAAUAAUCUGGGACAGUGCUACUGACUUUGAAAGAGAAUUCCAAUCCUGGUGGAAUUUGGUGAAUUUCACUUAUAACCCCAUUUCAAACACGGCCACAGCUUUUGUGUUAACCAUACGUAGUGCUUCAGUACAUUUGGUUUUUCCUAUUACAGCAUUAGGGAUAAAUCAUGACGGAGCUAUUCUCUAUCCUUCGGAGCAUAGGGAAUGGGCCCGCCAGAUUAACAACAAAUGGCAAACUGUCAAUCUGGAAUCUUGUAUUGUCCGUGAACAACAAGGGUUCAUCUGUGAAAGCAAUGCAAUCAUAGCCCAGGAUAUCUGUCUGGACACAGAGCAGAAUAUCUGUCACUUUGAAAUACAUCCUAACGAGACUUCUGAAAGGGUUCUCAUAUACAUAGGCAAUGGAUGUGCAUGCUUUAGAACUGCCUGUGAUCUUGUAUUUGUAGAAAAUGUAGUAGUGGAUACUAAGAAUCAUUCAAAUUUCUGUGCUUGUAAUUUUACCAGAAUUGUAGGAUGUGAUUUCUCUUAUGUAGCUCCAGUUACCUCUCACCAACUUUUGCAAUCUAAUUACACCCUGAUUCACAAAUUGAUACCUACUCCAAUUGGGAUGAACCUCACUUUGGUAAAGCAGUUGCUGCUCCACCAAGACUUGGCUGAGAUUCUGGGAAAGAUCAAGAAAGAUGGGCAGAAGACCCUAGUAACUGUUCAUCACAAUGUAAAACAAAUACACCGUGUCAUGGGAAAGAGUAAAGAGAGAUGCCGAGCACAAGUGGUGGGAUACUCUUUUUGGGUGGUCACCAACUGCCACAAGUGUCCUGAACACCAUGUGUCAUCCUAUUGUUGUCCUUUUGAUCCUGGUUUCGAUUGGUUUUGUUUUGUCAGCAAUCUUGUUUGUCAUGAAUUGGAGAAUGAUGAAACAGUUAACAAGACUGACGUCCAUAAUUAAUGCACACAAUUUGGCUGAUGUCCUUUUUACUAUGGACGUCCCCAAGACAAUUGACACAAGACGAUUAUUAAUCAGUAGAUGUGUUUUGAAAUAACUUUUUAUCUUCCAUUUUGUAACUUUGUUAAAUUUAUAUUCAUUUUAUUAUUGCUUUUACUUUUGACCAUUUGUGAUUUUAUUUUGAUUAUUUGAUUACCAUUUGUGAUUUUUCAAUUAUUUAAGAUAAUAAUCUGUGAUUUUGUUCCAAUUAUUAUUUUGAUCAUUUUCAAUUAUUAUUUAAUUAUUUGCUAAAAAAGUUGUUUUGAUUUUGUUUUGCUAAUUGAUUCUCUUUUUCGCCCUUCUUUUAUUUCUUCUUAUCUUUUUUUAAUCUCUUUUCCUCUCUCUCUCUGUCAUACUGUCCCUAUUUUCUGAGGUAUGCUACCAGCGUGAAGGAGACUUGAAGACCUGCUGAUGAAGAUCCUUUCAAGACAAUCGUGAGUCACGGGGUCGUGUGAGAGUCUGUCCGAAACUUCCCUCAUUUUUUGCCUCUCGAUCGUCAUGAAAGCCAAGACCACCGGGGAAAGGGAAAGAUCCUGUUCUGAAAAUCCAGGUCUGUCUGGUCCACCAAGCCAGAUUAUUGCCUACGGGUGUGUUUGCUCAACUCAUGGAACACUGCACCCAAGAAGGGGCAGUGUGCUCUCCUUCGCCUGCAUCACCUAGCAACGCUAGUGCUGGAAUUUCUCCACCCUUCUGACUUGGCUGGACUUUCUCUCUGGAAUGACCUUUCUGGAGGUCACCACAAAAGGACCCUCCAUUCACCGUACAUCAACCACCGUGACAGAUGGACUGAGAUGGGAGAAGGUUCUCCCUCAAGGACUGAGAUGUGUAACCCCUACAUGGAAAAGCUCCCCUCUUUUCCCAAAAGGACUGAGACUGAAAUCCCCACCGUAGGGUGAGGGAAGGUAUGCGUGGGGACCGGAGCAAGUUUUGCAAGCGACCACUGGACCGAGAAGACAAUAGUUCCUGCCUACGACAUCUGCUGCUGACGAUGCCUGUUCCUGAUGGACUACUGAUGGACUCCUUGUACCCUUUAUCAAUAGACUAUUUUGAAAUGGGUCCCCUUCCCCCAUUUCAAAAGGACUAUAAAAAAGGUUAGACCUGACUGAUACCUUUGAGAUCUCCCCUGACGUGAAGACGACAGGCCUCUUCGUCGACCGGACUUCGAGGGACUUUGUCAUCUGCACGUCUGGUAGCUAUAUACCUCCUUGCCCUCCCUCUCUUCUUUUUCUUUUCCUUACUCUUUUCCCUUUCUUCAUUCCCCUCUCUCUAACGCAUCUUCUCUAUGGCUAUUUAAUAAAAGUACACGUAUUUUGA